AAAAUUGUGCUGUCUUUCUCAAAAAUGGAAAACCUCACGCCAGAUCAAUGGCGCGAGAUUGUGAACAAGAAGAUGCAGUUCCCCCCGGAGCUCAUCGGUGCCAUCCAGGAGGGGAAAAUACACAUGAUGUGUAGCCUGCUGAAGACUGGCGAUGGCAUCAUCCGCCAGCUGGAUGAGUCUGAAGAUCGCCUGUGGAGGGAGGCCCUCAACCUGUCGAUCCGCCUGGGCAACGAGGAUGCCAUGGAUGCCCUCCUGCAGGGGGUCAAGUUUGACUUCCGACAGAUUCACGAGGCACUGCUGGUGGCUGUGGACACCAACCAGCCCCAAGUGGUUAAACGUCUGCUGGACCGACUGGACCAGGAGAAAGCCAACAAGAUGGAUGUGCGUUCCUUUUCUCAGGCCAUCUUUGACCACUCUAUUGACAAUUCCCAAUUUGCCCCCGGGGUGACCCCUCUGACCUUAGCCUGCCAGAAGGACCUGUAUGAAAUAGUCACGAUGCUCACCCAAAAAGGUCAUAUCAUCCCGUGGCCACACAAGAUCUCCUGUGCCUGUCUGGAGUGUCGUAAUGGCCGGCAGUAUGACCUACUGAAGUUCUCUUUGUCCCGCAUCAACACGUACCGUGGCAUUGCCAGCCGCGCCUACCUGUCCAUCACCUCCGAGGACGCCAUGCUCAGUGCUUUCAGCCUCAGCAAAGAGCUUCGCAAGCUCGCAAAGAAAGAGCCAGAGUUCAAGCCGGAGUACCUGGCCCUGGAGGAGCUCUGCCAGGAGUUUGCUGUGGAGCUGCUGGGGAUGUGUCGCAACCAGAGCGAGGUGACCACCAUCCUGAACAGUUGUGGAGAUGAGAGCCAGGAUGCCGUGAACCAGCUGGCCUUCGAGGAGGGCAUCCCCAAUCUGUCACGCCUGCGACUGGCUGUCAACUACAACCAGAAGAAGUUUGUAGCCCACCCUAUCUGCCAGCAGGUGUUGUCUUCGAUCUGGUGUGGGAACCUGGCAGGCUGGAGAGGCAGCAAGACAACCUGGAAGCUACUGGUCUCCGUGGGAAUCUUCGUCACCAUGCCCCUCCUCUGCCUCAUUUACUGGAUUGCACCAAAGUCAAAGAUAGGAAAGACACUCAAGAUUCCUGUCAUCAAGUUCCUGCUUCACUCAGCCUCCUAUCUGUGGUUCCUCAUCGCACUGCUCGGAGAGUCCAUAACCAUGGAGAUGUAUCGAGACAAUUUUGCUUCACGGCAGCAGAACAUCCUGCACAGCUCGAUCCACAUGGUGUGGGUUGCCGGAUUCUUCUGGUAUGAAUGCAAGGAGGUGUGGAUUGAAGGCCUGCGAAGUUACUUCCUGGACUGGUGGAACUGCUUGGACAUGAUGGUGCUCAGCAUGUACCUGGCCUCUUUUGCUUUACGCGUGCUUGUCAUGCUCAAAGGCUACUUCCUGUGCCAUGAUCCCAACUGGGAGGCAGAGUGUAUCUAUUUCACCCAGACAUUGCGUGAGGAGUGGCACCAGGAGGACCCCCAGCUGAUUGCUGAGGUGCUGUUUGCAGUCACCAGCAUGAUGAGCUUCACUCGGCUGGCGUUCAUCCUGCCAGCCCAGGAGUCUCUGGGAACGCUGCAGAUCUCCAUCGGGAAGAUGAUUGAUGACAUGAUGAGGUUCAUGUUCAUAUUAAUGAUCAUUGGAACGGCUUUCCUCUGCGGUAUCAACAACCUCUACGUCCCUUAUGUCAUCUCUCCACAUCUUGGCAGGUUUAAUGAGACCUUCCGCUUCCUGUUCUGGACCAUGUUUGGCGUGGCCAACCAGGACUACGUGGACAUGCCAGACUUUGUGGUGGCAGAGUUUGUAGGCCGGAUCCUGUACGGGAUCUUCACGCUCGUCAUUGUGAUCGUCCUGCUCAACAUGCUCAUUGCUAUGAUCACCAACUCCUUCCAGAAAAUUGAGGAUGACGCGGACGUGGAGUGGAAAUUUGCCAGAUCAAAGCUGUAUCUAAGUUACUUCCGAGAGGGCCUCACCAUGCCCGUGCCCUUCAACAUCAUCCCGUCUCCCAAAGCUAUCUUUUACAUCAUAAGGGGUAUCUUCAGGAAUUUCUGCUGCUGCUGUAAUCUCAACUCUGGGCCAGAAUAUCCCCCGAUCACCUCCCUGUCUAAUGGGAUGGGACCAGGCGGAGGAGACAGUCAGUCCCCCUACCGGCAGCAGGUGAUCAGCGCCCUGGUUCACCGCUACAUCGAGUCAGCCCGCAGGGAGUUUGAGGAGAGCAAAAGAAAAGAUGUCGGUAAUCGGAUCACAGAGCUGAGCAAAGUGGUCAGCCGGCUGCACAAUGACAUGAAAGUCGUCCAUCAGCUUCUGGUGGAUGAAAACUGCAGUGCAGGAGAUGGAUCCAACAAGGACGGCUCCUCCAUGUUGGGGAAAUACAUCAUGGGUGCCAGGAAUAACUUCAGGGGUUUUAACAACGGACAAAAUGAGAAACAAGCACCACUUCAAGUGACAGUGCAUCAUGGAGCAGAGGAGGUGGCUCCGCAGCAGCACAGGGACGUGGAUGAAGGAAAGCUUGAAUCAGCUGAUAUGAAGCUGCAGAUAGAUACGGAACAGAGGGAAAGGAAUGGGGUGGGAUAUGCAGAGCAGUCAAAGCAGUUAUCAGACUGCGAUGUUGUGAAAAUGGAGGAAGGCAGAGCACAAGGAGAGGUGGGAGAGAAGUGGAUAGAGGGAAAAGAAAAAGUGAAAGCAGAAAAGACUGAGGUAGAGAAAGUAGAGGAUCGGGUGGCAGCUGAGGCCAUACAACAUGAGGGACAAGAUAGAAGAGAAGGAGAGAAACUCAAAACAGAGAAAACAGGUGAGCAAGCCAGAGGCUGGAAAGGCAGCAGUGGGAAGGUAGAUAUGGCAGAUGAGAAAGACAUAGCAGCAAAGAUUAAAGACGAAGAGGCAAAAGAGAAAAAAGUGGAGGCAAGUUGGAUGAAGGGUGGAAAGUUCGAGCAUAAUGCAGCAGAGAAGGAUGUUGUGAGGGAGAGCACUGACAAGCCUGCAGCAGUGAAAGGGGUUCCCUCCCCAACAGGCAGCAACAGCUCCCAGGACACUGGCUUUGGGUCCCAGGAAGGGGAGGGGUCCAUUGAUGGGACAACAGGAAAUCCCUAAACUCAGUGGCACUUCACUGCAAGGACAGGACCUGCUAUCUGGGAGUUUGGGCCACUGGUCACUUUGCCCAAGGAGUAUUUGGCACCAAAGAUAUCUGUGUUUGUGGUAGAUAGCUCAAAGUUGGUAUUGGUUUUUAUUCUAUAUCCUAAAAUGUAUGAAUUAAUAACUUUUGAAAACUACAUUUCAAUCUUCAUCAUUAAUAAGUCCAGUGAGAAUCAACAAAACUUAUACUUGUCUAGCUAACUUUGCUUACUU